AUGUCCUAUGACGAGUUGACAAAAGUCGAAGAGCUGAUACAUACUGUCAAGCAAAAGUAUGCAGAACAAAGUUCCACAUUGUCAACCAGCGAUCAGACAUUAUGGUCGUCAAUGGUCAGUGAACUAAACAAAGUAGCACUAGAAAUGGAUCAACUUCUUCAACGCAACCAAAAACAAAUGAACGUAUCGUUCUUGCUGAAUAACGAAACACCUAAAAUCUUGCCUAAAUUAGACAGAACAGCAUUUUAUUCAGAGAACUCUCCUUACCAGCACCAAACAGACAAAUCGGGCUCCUUUAGAUUAUGUCCACCGUUGGCCCAUACCACAGCCGCAGAAUACUUCAGAAACGAUGCAAACGUGCAACUGCAACUGACUGAUGGCCAGAUCCUGGAAAACUUGUCUAAUCUAAAGCGUUUGGCAGAUCUCCAUAACAGACGGUGA